CAGCAGCACAGCAGCAGCAAUCACUUCCUGUCCUGUUCCCCUCUCCCAGCUCUGCCCAGAUCUAUGGCUUCUCUUCAUCUGUUUCCAUCCCCCAACUUCCUCAGUAGCUAGGUUUUUCUGACAGGUUUUGAUUAGUGACUAAGAGAGUAAUCUGGUUAUGGCGUUAGGCGUGGCCCACAUCCCUAGGACCCUUGGAAGCGCAUGUCCAGCCAAGCUUACUUCAGCGGCGCCUUCUCUUAGGACCAAAACGCAAUGUCGGAGCACAGGGAAGUUUAGGCCAAAGAAGCAGCAGUCGCAGCGGCGGUCGGAACCUUGCGAGCGGCUUCAAACAACAGUUCAAGCAUCACUAGCGAGCGAGCGACUAAGUAGCGCGUUUCCGUACGCUUCUGCCGAUGAGUUAACAAGGAGGAGUAUGCCAGUUGCUCAACAACGAUGGGCUAGUAGCACUCUUCAAAAUGACGAGUCAUGGAUUGUUUACACGAGCGACGACUUUCCAGAGGACAACAGCGCGACGGAGAGAUUAGAAAGACUAGGAUCUAGCGCACAACUGGAUACCGCCUCGUGGACGGAGCACAGCGUUCCUAGUUCGCGGGAUAGCGGAGGAAGGAGUGCGGGAGUUCCUGUCUUCAUCAUGCUCCCUCUGGACUCUAUCACCAUGAGCAACACGAUAAGCCGACCGCGAGCGUUUAGAGCUAGCUUGACAGCCCUGAAAAGCGCCGGCGUGGAAGGAGUCAUGAUGGACGUCUGGUGGGGAAUAGUAGAAAGAGAAGGGCCGGGAAGAUACGACUGGUCGGCAUACAAGGAGCUAGUUUCGCUCGUCAAAGAAGCGGGGCUGAAGGUCCAGGCGGUGAUGUCCUUUCACCAGUGUGGAGGCAACGUUGGAGACCAUUGCAUGAUACCUUUGCCUCCGUGGGUCCACGAGGCGAUAGACAAGAACAACGAUGUUGUGUACACGGACCGGGCCGGGCGACGAAACAGAGAGUACCUUUCCUUGGGCUGCGACAACCUUCCUGUUCUUCAAGGUCGGACGCCGAUUCAAGCUUACAGCGACUUCAUGAGGAGCUUCAGGGACGCGUUCUCGGAAGACCUCGGUUCUGUUAUCACGGAAAUACAAGUUGGCAUGGGUCCCGCUGGCGAGCUUCGGUACCCCUCUUAUCCAGAGGGUAACGGAAUGUGGCAGUUCCCGGGAAUUGGCGAGUUUCAGUGCUACGACAAGUACAUGCUCUCGAGCUUGAGAGCAGCGGCCGAGGCGAACGGAAAGCCCAAUUGGGGUCUCGGAGGUCCUCACGACUCAGGCUACUACAAGCAAUGGCCUCAAGAAACAGGAUUCUUUCACGAGUUCGGCAACUGGAACUCACAAUACGGACACUUUUUCUUGCAGUGGUACUCUGAGAUGCUGAUUCAACAUGGCGACCGGGUGCUCUCCUCAGCGUCAUCAAUUUUCCGAGGCACCAAUACGUCCAUUUCGGGCAAGGUGGCUGGUAUCCACUGGCACUACGGCACCAAGUCGCAUCCACCAGAGCUCACAGCGGGUUACUACAACACCAUUUUCCGCGACGGCUACAUUCCGCUGGCCCGGAUGUUUGCGAGACAUGGCGCUGUGCUCAACUUCACGUGCAUCGAGAUGAAAGAUGCGGAGCAGCCAUGGUAUGCGCUGUGCAGUCCGGAGGGGUUGUUGAGGCAAGUCGCACAUGCAGCUCAUGUGGCUGGCACAAGAGUCUCUGGAGAGAAUGCUCUGCCCCGGUUCGACGAGGGAGCCUUCAAUCAGAUUGUGUGGAAAUCGAGGCUGCAGUUCGACGGAUUCUCCCACGAAGCCCCGAUGUCAUCGUUCACGUUCCUGCGCAUGAACGAGUGCUUGUUCCGGCCGGACAACUGGCGCAACUUCGUAAUGUUUGUGCGGCACAUGCGAGAAGGCCGGACAUUCGCCCCUUGGGAUGAGCGCCACAGACACUCCCAUGCACAGCUGCACGCCACAGGAUCCCUCACACAAGCAGCAGCAGCUCUGAUGCUACAAUAGGUUCGGUUGGCAGAUGGUGCAGGACUGGCUGGCUGGCUAGCUUGAGUGGUCCGCGCCGCUACCCCUUUUUUGACAUCAGCACGUGGGUUCGCCUCCAGCAGUUUUUCCGCCUUCCAACCCCCAAUAGGCAGACACAUGCCACUAACCAUUCCGGGGACUUCAGUCCACCACUGCGACCAUCUGUGUCUCGUCUCAUAAGCGCUACAGCCUUCCCAGCAGGUGUCUUCCACCCAUCCCCCAGCGACGUGCCGGGACCUGCCUUCGAGCAGUUAUAGGUGGGGUUUGAUUGCAACCCUUCUUGUUUCCUCUCCUGUUUGGAAGGAAAGGACCCUAGGGCAUUGGGUUAGGUUGCAUGCUGAUCUCAACGCUGUGUAUAAUUGUAGAGCAGCGUGGUACUUCGUUUGUGCCCCUGCCAUUGUAAAAGUGACAUCAUGAUGCUGUAUAGAUUCAUGAGAAAUACGAAUGAUUGAAAGUG